AUGCCGGGAAUGUUGGUGAACUAUGCCAAAGCCGUCGCAAUCAUCCGCUCCCUCGAGCAACGAUGCAUCCCGAACGACUACAGCCAAAUGAUGGAAUUUGGAGCCGUUCGCAUCAUGGAAGUCACGCACAGUUUCCUCGAUCAGCAGGUCACGAUCAAGCACAAGGGCGCAUCUACCACACCGCGUCCGCGAGCAACAGCAAUGUCAAUCGACUGGAUGAAGAUGCAGCUCAUCAGUGCCGGUGCGACUUUGCCAAACAUCUGGGUCGGUCAAGCACCUGGUCAGCCGCCGCGGGGCAUGCGGUUCAAUUGUGACGGUUGCUUCAUUGGUGGUGGUGGUGGUGAUGAUGGUAAUGUAAGCGCUUAA